AUGACUAUGAAAUCUAUGAAGUAUAACGACUGCGACACCAUCAUGGACGGCUACAAUCCAGCACCGCCGCCGCUGCCCAGGAGGGUACCACCGGCGCGGAACAUUUACGCGGAACCCUUUGCGACCGAGUCCAACACGAACAGACUACAAUCAUCGCAACAGCUGCAGCAGCAGCAGCAGCAGCAGCAACAGCAGCUCCAAUCGCAGCAGCAACCGAUUCCGCAACUGACACAAUCCAUGACUAAUACCCACAUCACCACCGGGUCCCGUCUGGGAGGGUCCUCCUCCCUGGUGAUGCCAGUUUUCCCAUUACGAACGGGUGGAACUGCCCACACUCCGCACUAUUCACCUUACUCGCCAUCAAGGUUUCGCAUCGACAAAAGCUGUCAACACCGAUGCUCGUGGAAGUGUUUUAGCAUCGCCUUAAUUUUGGUUACAAUAAUUUUGUCGGCAACGCUGACGUAUUUCGCAGCUACGAGCUCUAUGAAGUCAAAUCUCGACUCUGCCAACUGCAUCCUGGUACAGGACGUGAAGACGGGGACAGCCGUCGAUCAAACGGGUACGCCUAUCGACACGUCCAACUACGGGCUCCUGUCUGGGCCGUCAACACUGAACCCAACUGAGGAGUCACCGAUAACCAGCACGCUGGACCACAACAGCUUCUCCACGCUAGGUGGCUUAGGUGGUACGCCAGGAGGCAACGCGGCCUUGUCCACGUACAACCGCCGGCCGGUGCAAGACCUUUCACACCAGAUGCAGCAGCAAACGACCCAGAUCUUCAGCUCACAUCAGCAGAAGUGGCCCUCGAUUGUCGAGUUGCGCGAGUUCAAUGAAGUCCACGCGUCAACGAUAGCACCGUUCCAGUUCUGGAACGUGGAGUUCCGCAACAAGCAUCCUGCAUUCAUACAGUUCAAUUUCACGUUACCGUGGGGCGCCAACUUCGCCAUCUACGGUCGCCGCAACGUGGGACCAACGGUGACGCAGUACGACUUCGUGGAGUUCAUCAAGGGUGGUCGUGUUGAUCACAAGCUGCGUCGGAAGCGCAGCAUCGGGAGCGGUUUCUUCCAGAACGACGUCCUGGACACGCACUUCAGCGCAAACGAGGAGAACUCGUCCACUUUCGAGGCGAUCCGACGCAGCCAGUUCGCUUUCGAGGACCUGCAGCUAGACGACGUGGAGAAGCACAUCAUCUCGAAGCGCUCAGCCGACGGUAGCUCGGCGCCCUCGUCGCUGCAGAAGAUCGACAUGGAGGCUAUGACGGUGAACGUUACAAUCUUGCAGUACCUCGACAUUGGCCGGUGGUACUUGUCGGUGUACAAUGACGAGUUGUUGCCGCACACGGUGUCACUAGUGGUUGGUGAGGCUGAAGGCAUCCACACGGCCUGUCCCAGUGAUUGUUCAGGACGAGGUUCUUGUUACCUCGGGAAGUGCGAUUGCAUAGAUGGCUACCAAGGCAACGACUGCUCGAUCAGUGUUUGUCCAGUCCUGUGCUCUGCCCACGGACAUUAUGGUGGAGGCGUUUGUCACUGUGAAGAAGGUUGGAAGGGUUCGGAGUGCGACAUUCCAGUCUCAGAGUGCGAAAUGCCAACCUGCUCGAAUCACGGACGAUGCAUUGAAGGAGACUGUCAUUGCGAACGUGGUUGGAAGGGUUUGUUUUGCGAACAGCAGGACUGUAUCGACCAUUCCUGUUCGGGUCAUGGCACCUGCGUUUCGGGACAAUGCUUCUGUAAAGCCGGUUGGCAAGGAGACGACUGCAGCAUUGUCGACCAACAGGUCUAUCAGUGUCUCCCUGGUUGCUCCGAUCACGGCACCUACGACUUAGACACCGGUUCCUGCAUUUGCGACCGCCACUGGACAGGCAUCGAUUGCUCUCAAGCCGUCUGCAGUCUCGACUGUGGUCCAAAUGGUAUCUGCGAAAAUGGGCGUUGCCGGUGCGAUGACGGUUGGACAGGCAGUUUGUGUGACCAGCUGAUGUGCGACCCGCGGUGUGCUGAACAUGGUCAGUGUAAGAACGGCACCUGCGUUUGCUCACAGGGCUGGAACGGACGUCACUGCACGCUACCCGGCUGCGUUAACGGAUGCUCACGCCACGGCCAGUGCACAAUGGAGGACGGCGAGUACAAGUGUAUCUGCGUGGAAGGAUGGGCCGGCAACGACUGCUCCAUCGCCCUCGAGAUGAGUUGCAAAGACAAUAUCGAUAAUGACAAUGACGGUAUGACGGACUGUUCAGAUAGUGAAUGCUGCGUGCACUCGAUUUGCGCGGAGCACAUCAUGUGCCUCGCCUCGAACGAUCCGGUCGAGGUGCUGCUGCGCAAGCAACCUCCUUCCGUGACGGCAUCCUUCUAUCAACGGGUAAAGUUUCUCAUCGAGGAAAACUCCGUUCAGUCGUACGCCCACAUGGAUGAGUACAGUGAGAGUGAGUUCUGGAACUCGUUCACACCGUGCCGGGUAUCGGUGAUGCGCGGACAGGUAGUUACGCCGCAAGGACUCGGUAUCAUCGGCAUACGGGUAUCGGUGGACCGAGAUUCUCGCUUCGGAUUCACACUCACUCGACAGGGUGGAUGGUUCGAUGUUCUCGUUAACGGAGGCGGUGCUGUCACGCUACAGUUCCAGCGGUCACCAUUCCGACCACUGACACGCACGGUGUUUGUUCCGUGGAAUCAAAUCGUCGUGCUACCACCAGUUCAGAUGCAGAUUAACGAUAAUGAUGAUCACGAUGACAUUUCAUUUAUAUCCGUUCCCUCGAACCUUGCUUACAGCUUUCUAAGCACGUCCCACUAUCGCUUUAUGGAAGAUAACCCUUCACCGAUAGCCAUAUGUCUGGAACAUGAUCAUGAACUGCUCAGUCCGCAUCUCACCAGCACCUGGAUGCCGAACGGCAUUGGGUCGGUGCCUGGUAAAAAUUUUAUCUUUGCUGAAACACAAGUUGUACAAGAAUCGUUGAAGAUACCCGGUUCCGAGAUUCAUUUGCUCUACAAGUCAUCUCAAGCGUCUGGUUAUCGGUCGAUUGUGCGAAUGCAGCUGACACACGACCGUAUUCCAGACACUCUCACGCACGUUCACGUUGGAGUGCAGAUCGAAGGCUCGCUGCACGUGAAAACAUACGAAGCCGAUCCGAAUCUGCGGCACAUUUUCGCCUGGAACAAGCGCAACGUGUUCAAGCAGAAGGUGUAUGGCAUCGCGAUGGCACGGAUCUCAAUCGGGUAUGAACAUGCCACUUGCCGCGGCAUCGUGUGGGAGACGCGCACGGUGAAGCUGCAAGGCUUCGAUGUCGACAUCUCGGACAUUGGAGGAUGGGGUUUGGACAUUCACCAUCACUACAACUUCCACGAGGGCAUCCUGCAGAAGGGUGACGGAGCCACAAUCCACCUAAAGGAGUUUCCACGCAUUGUGCGCGGUGUGUUGGGUGAUGGACAGCAACGCACGCUGAUGUGUCGUGACCAUUGUAAUGGGUUGUCGAAGAAUGGACAGUUACUGACACCCGUGGCUCUAGCGUCUGGACCUGACGGAAGCCUGUUCGUUGGUGAUUUCAAUCUGAUCCGCCGAAUUACGACCAAUGGUAGCAUCUUCACAAUCCUACAGCUCGACACCACACGUGUAUCCUAUCAGUACUACCUGUCGGUUUCGCCCGCCGACGGGCAGCUGUACAUCUCCGACUCAGAAAAGCACAAAAUCCUCAAGAUUGUAUCGUUGGAGAACGUUGACGAUCCAUCGUCCAACUAUGACGUGAUCGUUGGAAGUGGUCAGCGGUGUAUUCCAGGUGACGAGCAAAACUGUGGCGAUGGUGGACCAGCCAUUGAGGCUCGGUUAUCACACCCGAAGGGUCUCGCCAUAGCCGCUGACCGCACAAUGUACAUCGCAGACGGCACCAACAUUCGAGCGGUAGAUCCUAAAGGUACGAUCCACACUCUCAUUGGCCACCAUGGCCAUCAAAACCGCUGGAGUCCAGUACCAUGUCGGGGUGCCGCCCGCGCCAUGCAAGUUCAGCUUCAGUGGCCAACUGCGCUAGCAUUGAAUCCUCUCGAUGGGUCGUUAUACUUCGUCGAUGACCGGCUGGUACUGAAGCUAACCUCCGAUAUGAAGGUGAAGGUGAUAGCCGGAAUUCCACUGCACUGUAACGAAGAUCACAUGACGGGCGUGAACCGUACCACACCUGUAGAGGAACCCCUGGGUACGGUGUUGGCAAUGGCCUUCGGACCCAAUGGCGACCUCUACGUUGCGGACACCAACUCGAAGCGCAUCAAUACGAUCAAAGUCAUCGAGUCUUCCACCGGGUUCAUGAAACAGUUUGCUGGAAAAGUCGAUCACGUAAGCCAAGAAUGUGAUUGCCAGGGUAAGACGCUGAACCACUCGCGACGUAAACCAUCGAAUGGAACAAGCAUCAAUCAAAAUCCAUCCGGUGCAGUCGACAGAGGUAGCAUAGCACCGGAUGGUGGAAGCCCGUUCUGUGUGUGUCAGCAUGCCAACGACACUAGUAGUGGCCGCAAGGACUACCCCGAUGCACCAUCCUCGUUUAGUGCGGCCAAUGGUGGUUCCAGUUUCAACAGCGAGACUAUACUCUCAUCCAACAUUCGCUUCCAGUCGAUAUCCGCAAUAGCUGUCGCCCAGGAUGGUGUGAUCAAUGUAGCCGACCAAGGUUCUUUGCGUAUUUUAGCUCUUGAGCACUAUUUGCCACAGCACGAUGGAAAUGGUGAGUUCCAGAUACCCUACACACCUCUGAACGAGCUGUACGUGUUCAACCGGUACGGGCAGCACAUAGCCACACGUGAUCUGUCCACUGGCAAGUCGCGCUACUCCUUCCUGUACUCAAAGAACACCAGCUUCGGGAAGUUGUCCACCGUUACCGAUAGCUCAGGUAACAAGAUCCAAUUCCUGCGCGACUACAGCAACGUGGUCAGCUCGAUUGAGAACGGACAGGACUACAAAACGGAGCUGAAAAUCUCGCCCAGCGGGCUACUGACGAAGGUGAGCGCUCGCUCUGGUGGUGGACGUAAGGUUGAGGUACUUCUAGACUACGAAUCGAAUAGUGGUCUACUGAUCAGCCGCACUGAGGGUCAAGAAAGCUUCAUCUAUCAGUAUGACGACUUCGGACGGUGUGUUAAAGUGAUCGCACCAAGUGGUGAAAUCGUCCACGUACGCACGCUGUUUGAUGAUCGUUCCACGAAACCGAAGCAAGAGGACCUGCUAGUGUCAGUACAGGGCAGCAUUCGUUCGGCGUUUGGAGCUCGCGGGGCCUCGAAACCAACGGAGUACUCCAUUACCGGCGGUAUACAGACAGUUUCGAUCUCCCGCGGUGGCAAGGAAACGGUUGGCAAAAUUGGUUCCAUAAACCAGACGGUGUCGCUGUCACUACCCACCGGUAUCAAGCUUGAGGCAUCUGCGGUCAUCACCCAUCCAUGGUUGGAGAAGUUCCUACCCACGGAAGCGGAGAUGCUGCCGAUGUGGUCACACCAGUCGCUACACGUUGGCGAUCGGGCGGCAAAUGAUCUCUACUCGAAUUAUGCCCUGUCGUCAAAUGGCUGCAAUGGAGCUGGUGGUGAUCAACAGCCACAUCACGGGCGUGGUUCACCACCUGCCAGUGCCGCGGCAAAGGGCGAAAAAAUGCUCUGCCGGGAUAUUUUCGUCAACGAUGGCAAGAAGUUGCGGGUGGAGUACGAUCCUGUUGCGCAACGCGAGAUCCUGCGAGAUCGAGAUAACGAGGUGAUUUUGGUGGUGUCGUACGACCAAUCGGGUCUACCUACUAUGUUCUCUCCCGGCAUGGGUGACGUGUACUACCCGCUCAACAUCACCUACGACCGCUUCAACCGCAUCGAAGGCUGGCAAUGGGGUCCGUCAGAGCUGAAGUACAACUACGAUCGGCAGGGUCGCCUGUCAGAGGUGAGCAGCCUACAGGACGGAAUCGUGUCCUACAGCUACAACGAGGGCAACCUGCUGGAGAUGAUUUCGCUUGGCAGCCAACGGAAAUACAAGCUUGUGUACGAUCGCAAUGGCGGUCUGCGAGAGAUAGUGCUCCCCAGUGGUACCAAGCAUACGUUCAGCUUGCAGCCCUCGAUCGGCUUCCUGCGCUUCACGUACAACCCGCCUGGUAGCUCGCGUUCCUACCUGCAACACUACUCGCACAGCGGCGUACUGCUGCAGACGGUCUUUCCGGGAGAUGGCGCGCGGAUCGUCUACCGGUACGACGACGAAGACCGCAUCUCAGAGAUCGUGCACGGAGACGGUCGGGACGAGUUCCUGUACCAGAGUGGAGCACCCUCUUGCGAACUGCCGAUGGCAAUCAUCCAUACAGAGCGUGACCUGGAAUUUCGCUGGGAUUUCGACUGCAUCGGUGAGCUGCUGCUAGAGGAACGCAUCGACUUCUCGGCCCGCAGCGGGCUUUCGAACGUGAAGUUCAACUAUGAGUACGAUGACCACUUUAGACUGUCCGCCAUUGGAGGUCGCAUCGGAGGGCAAAACCUCCCACAGCAGUCGUUUGGUUACGAUGAGCGCACUGGCCGGUUGGCAACGAUCGGACAGUUCGAGGUAACGCGAGGUGAUCGGCAGGUGAAUGCAACCACCGUAAGCGACCGAACCGGAACGUUUAUGCGCACGGUGAACGGACGAUUCCUGCUGAUGCAGCUGACACUCACGAUCCACCGGAUGGAGGUGUUCCGCAUGGAGUUCGCGCACGAUCUGCACGGACGCAUCGUGCAGACGCGCACGUACACGCGUAACGUAGGCGUGAACACGUACACGAACGUGAAAAACUUCACGUGGGACUGCGACGGGCAGUUGGUCGGUGUGGAGGCCCAAGAACCUUGGGGUUUCCGGUAUGACGACAACGGCAACAUGCUGUCACUCACAUACCGCGGUAACACGAUCCCGAUGGAGUACAACGCGCUCGAUCGUAUUGUGAAGUUCGGUGAAGGUCAGUACAAGUACGAACCACGUGGACUAGUGGCGCAGAAUGCCCGCGAAGAGCGCUUCCACUACAAUGCGAAAGGUCUGCUGAUUCGGGCUACAAAACGAGGCCGGUUCGACAUUCGCUACUUCUAUGACCAUCUGAACCGGCUAAUCACGCGCAAGGACAACUUCGGCAAUGUGACGCAGUUCUUCUACACUAAUCAGCGGCGGCGCAGCGAGAUCAGCCACAUCUACUCGCCGCGGGAUGGCAAGCUUAUGUCACUGACGUACGACGAUCGGGGUUCGCUCAUCUACGCGCAGGUGUACCGGUAUCGCUACUACAUCGCCACCGAUCAGUGCGGUACGCCUGUCAUGAUCUUCAACCAGUACGGCGAGGGUAUCCGCGAGAUCAUGCGGUCACCGUACGGACACAUCGUUUACGACUCUAAUCCCUAUCUCUACAUGCCGAUAGAUUUUUGCGGCGGUAUACUCGAUCAGGUAACGUCUUUGGUUCACAUGCCAGACGGGAAGGUGUACGAUCCACUCAUAGGCCAAUGGAUGACCCCGAAUUGGGAGCACGUGGAUCAGCGCAUCAAGAAGCCAACCAAGUUACACCUGUAUCGGUACAACGGAAAUGAUCCAAUAAACCCUCCCGGGCAGCUGCAGGAGCACCCACGCGAUCAUCUCGACUGGUUGCAGUUGAUGGGUUACGACAUUGACAACAUGAUCCCGCAGGCAUCCAUCGAGGGUCGAUUCUACCGGCAGCGUAGCUGGCUCGAAAGUGCACUGGCCGCCCCGAAUGUACUGCGCCGACAGUACGAAGAACGAGGUGGCUCAGGUGGCAUCAACAUUGGGUCUGGCUUCAUGGCGCACCUGCUCGAACGGUCAGUGCGGUCCCGUCAAGCGCUGUUGCAGCUGCCGGACAGCUUUUUCGGUUCGAGCCUCAAAUCUGACCCUCUCGCGAUCGGUCCGUUCCGACUCGGGUCGGGUUCGGAUCCACCGUUCGGCCACGGCAUCAUCGUGUCGCGCGUCAUCGUCGGUGAACCCGAAGGCUACGCAAUCGUGUCGAGUGUCCCUGCCGCUAACCCUAUCUAUCGGGACGUUUAUACGUCCGUGUUCAAUCGUACCCGGUUGCUCCCAUUCACGUUCGUCGUGCAUAAUUCGCUGCAGGACGCGUUCUUCUUCGUGAAGGAGGACUCGUGGCGUGCGGCCGAAGACCGGCAGCAGUUGAAGCGGCUGCAGGGACAGGUGAAUACCACGUUCCACGAUGCCGUUUCGUCGGGAACGGGUCCAGGUAGCGGUGGAUCCGGCGGAUCCGGUGGAAACGGUGGCGGUGUUCCAGCAGGCGUUCCGAAACCUUCCGCCCAUCACCAGGACGUGAAAAUCCACACGACGAACGCAAUUAUCAACCUCAAAUACGGCACAACCUCGGCCAAGGAGCGCCAACGGUUGAUGCACCACGCCAAGCUGCAGGCAGUCCGGAAAGCCUGGCAUCGCGAGAAAGAGCUGUUGCGCAGUGGACUCAUCUCGAGCUACGAGUGGAACGCGCAGGAGAUGGAAGAGAUCGUAAAGAAUGGCUACGCGAACCUGUACGAGGGCGAGUACGUCCACGAUAUCGAUCGCUACCCAGAGCUGCUCGAGGACCCGUUCAAUGUGCGCUUCACCAAGAAGAAGAUCAACCAAUCACGCAAACGCAAGCGAAGAGAGACGACCGAGCCAAUCGGUGAGGUUUAGUUGACCAACCUGCCAGCUCACCGCAGGAUGGCCCCAGGAACGACUCUCCGCGGAGAGAACUCCGUCCGAUUCUGAUUCUGGUCUCACACUGUGGUUCCCGCCCUGCAGCCCUCUGUCCCAUGGCCGCAGGUGUUGCCACACCUGCAGCUGCCAGACACGCGUAGUCAACGGUUCAUUUUGUUAGUUUUUCGCCCAUCAGCCCCACCUGGGACAGGUGCUCGACACCCACACUG